AAAAAGGGAAAACCAGGAGGCAACAAUAGAUAAAGGAAUCAGGAGGGUGGAAGCUUCAUGAAAUUCUUGGUAGGGAAAAAUCAACCAUUUCAGAAGGGAUCUAAACCCAGUUUUAGAUGGAUCUAAAACUGACUAAAACUCAUCUCAGGACAACUCCAGUGCAGAAUGGAGCCAGCUUCGGAAGAAAGUUGAGAACAGGCAAUAGAGCAUAGGAAAUCUUACCGAGGGGAAACGGGGAAGGAAGGGGGAUAGGAAAGGGAGUGAUAGUGGGCUCUCUCUCUGUUUACAUCAGUGCUACCUCAACACUAGCCCACUCUUCUGUUCUGAUGGCUGUUUGGUAUUUUCCCCAGCCUGCGGGGCUGUGACCUGCCAGCACUGCCUUGGGGUUCAGGAGCUCACCUGCAGCUCUUUAUCCAAAGCUGAUGGACAUGAUUAGGAACCCAUCACUGAGGUACCCGGGGGGCACAUCCAUCCCCAGCAAUUAGCAUUUUAAACCUAAAACCAUAUGCCUUGUAGCCUUGCCCCAAAGGGGCCUCGCGUAAGGAUGGUUUAUAAAGAGGCAUAGUUCUUAGGGCAGAUUCCCCUCCACCACUGACCAAGAGUCAGCGCUGCUCUCAAGUCAGACAAGCCACUUCCCAGCUAGAACAGGUGAAGAUGCUGCCAAUGGCCGGCCCAGACUGCAGGCUUCAAAUAUGAGCAGUCGCAUGCUAGGAAGCAAGACACCAGACCAAGGACACACUGGUGGCAACUGGUGCUAUCCCAUCAGUCACUGGCUGGACAUACAGCCCUGGAAGCUGGGUGAGAUUUUGCCAUUCAUUUACUGGAGGUGAAAUCAGAGUCACCCCUGGGAUAUUUUACAAUUCCUUUUGCCCCUAACAACCUCCUUCUCCUAGCUCUGUAAACUGAAGUGCUUUUUCCCUGAUAUAAUCCACCAAGCAGAGGGGCUCUUGUCUGUCCAGACCCACCUGAAUCUGUCGCUGUGUUGUUUGGUUUCAGUGCCAAGCACCUUGGCGCAGGGACAGCGUUUGUACAGUGCCAUAUGCUCGAUGGCACUCCAUCAACACCAACAACAGCAGCAAUACCCCGUCAGUGGAGAUGGGCAAACCUGCCUGUUCUUGUCAGAUACGGCAGUACAGACCUGCUGGGACUGGAUCAUAUUAACACAAGUCUCUGCUGACUCUGAGCUACCCCUUCUCUCAUCUCCAAGGUCCUUUUGUACCAAAUGCUUCAUUUUCACCUCCCAUUCAUGUUAUUUGCAAGGGAAGUUAGUUGCUUCUUCCAUCUUUGCCAGCCUCCUGCCAUUUUAAUUCCUUCUGUCACUGAAAAGAUGCCCUCAUGCAUAUAGCCCAGGGCUUGAAGACCUGGGUGCUCUCCCUGAUUUUGCAAGAUUCUUGUAUAAUUUUGCAGAAGUCAUCAGCUGGGACAAUACAGGUGCUGCAAGUUGUUGUGGGGCAGUGCAGAGGAGGCUGAGGGGAGCUCUAGGUAAUGCUGUACCUGGGUUGGUAAAAUACACAUUGCACUGUGAAGCUGCACUGGUCAGUGCAGAGAAGGGAAUGGGCCCGUCUCACUCCCACUGCAGCCUGCUCCUGCCUCAUCUGUCACCCCAUCUGGUCCUACUUGCCACUUUCCCAAUUUUUUCUGUUGGGAACAGUCCCGUUCCCCAGAGCCAAUAUCCUCCCUGUCCUUUGUCAGAGCUUUCUUCAUUCUCAGCUACUCCAUUUUGACAAUCCCACCUUGCUCUCAGCUGCCUUGCCCCCAGAGAUCUGUGGCAGUGAAACUGAAAGCUCUUUGGGCUGCAGGUGCUAAUCCCCUAAGCAGGGCUCUGGCUGUGAUCACACCUCAACAAAGGGCAUUUAUUUGGGAUUUUACCAAAUGAGGGGGACAGAGGCCAUCCAGUGCCCAGGGGAGCCCUUGUCUGGUGUCUCAACAUAUACAUUCUGAAAGUCAGCUCGCUCACAGACAAGGAUGCAAGGAUUCAGGGGCUGCAUGUGUAACACCCCUGGCAUUCCCCAGAAAAGGACCCAUGAAGUUGGAAGAUGGUCACUGAAGCAGGGGAGGCACCCAGCUGCAGGGUGCAGGUAUCGGGUAGGAGGUCUGGGAAGCAAUAAAUAAAGACGUACAUGAGAAGCACUGUGCAAUGCCAGGGUAUUUCCGUGCAAGGCUGCUGCUGCGUUCUGGGUAGUGCAUGUUAAGUAACAUCAUUCUGGUGUGUACAGGGACUUGUUUCUGUACUAUUGGUGCCUACGAUCCAGAGAGGAUGGAUCUAAAACUGACCAAGCAGAGAAAGAUGUGGCUAAGAGUCCUUCUGCAUAGUCAGGAAGCCUUCUCCCAGCUCCCUGACAGGAGGGCAGGAGUCCGUCUCUGCAUUCCCAUCACUGGCUCACACUACUCUCUUUCAGGUUGCUCCAGAAGGGUGAAUGAUGCUGGACAAGGCCAUCCUCCUCCUAUUCCUCCACUUAGUCAUGUGCUCCAUCUCUUCUCCUCUCUAUCCAGCUCUCAGAUACAACCCAGGGCCCAUUGCUGGCAAGAUGGUGAGCUUUCAGCUCCGGGACAGCGGCCCAAUGCAGAGCCACAACCUCUCUGCUGAAGAGCAGGAAGAGGAGAGUUUUCUUACUGAUCCUGCUGAAAAAAGGAUGCAGCGACACGCAGAUGCCAUAUUCACUGACAACUACCGGAAAUUCCUGGGGCAAAUCUCUGCCCGCAAGUUCUUACAGACCAUUAUAGGCAAGCGGCUGGGCAGUGAAGGCAGCUCAGGGGAAGGGGUGCACGAAUUCUUGACCAGGCGCCAGUCUGACAGUAUCUUGAUGGACAGCCGCUAUCACCAGCAGAUGGUAUUAAGGAAUUUCUUGGGAGCCAUUCUACAGAAUCAAAGGCCUCAGGAUGCCACCAGUGAUCAGCUAGAUGACUUUACCAGCACCUUGGCCAAGCUCAUGAAACUGUAAAUAACUCACCCCACACCCCAUCUGGUUCUGGUGAGUAUGGGUCUCCAGCUGCUGAGCUUUGGGCAGUGCUCCAUACUGAAGAUCAGUUUCUGUACAAACCAGUGGUGUUCCAGCCUUUGUCUCAGCCCAAAACAACUCCUGAAUUCUAUGGGAGUGAAGAGCUCAAAGCUCCCUCUCAAAAGUCAGGUCACUUACUGAG